AUGUCGCUCCAUAUCGCACCGCUGGUCUCCAUGAAGCAACUAGGACUUUCGUCAACGGCUGAGUUCCUUCUGUUUGCUGCUUUGGUCAUUGCCAGUUGGACUGUGCGAAACUUCAACAUGUCCAUCUUUUCCGUGGUGAUGAUGCAGCUGGAGAUCGGUGCUUACCUUUGCGACAUCGUGCCAUGGCUCCCUGCCAUUGCGCUCCUGCAGCUGGUCAUUGCCUCUGUGGCGUGGGCGGGAAUGAUUUUGGCGAGUUGCUUUGACGACUUCAGUUUCGUUCCAAUGGACCGACACUUGCACAAGGGCUGGCGCCACUUUCGCAGAUCGGCUGCAGCACAGCGGUGUUUUGCGCACGAGUUCUCCAGCCACUGUGUGGCGCAACUGGUCUUCGCCGACCUCCUUUGCCGGCAUCCGGCGAUGGACGGCCACGGGGCCAUCUAUGGAGCCCUGGUGAUCCAGGCCUUCUACGCCUUGAUGGUAUUGACAGCAGCAGUGCUGAUCUCACCACAUGCUCUUCCAUACAAUCUGGGAACGGUGCCGAGACCGCUUCGCUUUCCUGUGAACUUGCCCCCGAGCCUCCACGGAGACGGUGCCACUGACCGCUUCCUGGCGGCUAUUUCCUCCAAGAAGUCUUCCUCGGAGCAGACUUUAAUGGGCAGCUUCCUAUGUGAUGCGCUGAGAAAGGAGCUGGAAGUUGAUUGUGUUCUCUUCGACGGUGGCAACGUGCGAGGUGAUCGAGACUACUGUCCACAACCAGGGCAUCACCGGGGGUCCAAGUGGGCCUUCACUGUGGCCGAUCUGCGCCGCGAGCUGCCGUGGCCCUCAGAGAUGGCCACCGUGCGCAUGGAGGGACGGCAGAUCAGCGAGGCUGUUCAGGCGUCACGAGCCAAGGUGUCCACCCCGAGCCGUCGCCUGGGGAGCAAGGCUCCAGCUGUGCCCAACAUCGCUGGUAUCUCCAGAAGCUUUGAUUCUUCACACCAGUUGGCUGGUGGAUUUCUGCAAUGUGACAGCGGCAUGCAGGUUCGACCCGACAACUCUGUGUCUCAAAUUGCUGGCGAACCCAUCGAUUUCAAGAAGAGGUACACAGUCGGCGUCCUUUACAACGCCUUGAUGGGCAUGAAUCAAAAUCCCGUCUUCGAAAAAUGGCGAAAUGAACCAGGAAAUCGGAUUGUCGGUCAAUGCCCCCACGCGCGCGAGCUACUGACGCGACACUUCCUGCGACGGCUCUGGAAGCUGACGCAAAACAAGUUGAAUAUCAAGCAGGACGAAGACAUCUCCAGGGACAAGCUGCAUGCCGCCAUCCAGCAGGUGUUUCCGCGGGCCGGUGGCAACAUGCGGCGGUCUUUGCUCCGCAGGCUCCUUUCUACAGUGGUGGUAGAGGAUGGUUCAGGUCGUGGUUUCAAAAGUUCAGGUAUCACCUACAAAGAGUACCAGAAUACUCUCUCCAAGGUGAGUCAUGAAGAAGUUGAGGGCCACGACUAUGAACGAGAGUGCAAUGACCCAGAGAUGCAUGAGCGCUACAACACAGGUGGUUCCAGACAAGAAGAAGUGCCAUGA